AAAUUAGCAAACGACUAGCAAUCGAAUGACAUAUUCGAAAUUAUUGAAAUCGUUAGUUCGACAGCUGGCUUCAUACCGGUCCAUUCCCCUUCCAUGUACUGUAAGUUCUAUGAUGCAAGGCAAGAUGAGUUGUUAGGUUAUGCACAAAAUAGUGUUCAAAAGAACGUGAUUUGAGAAUUUGAAGUAAUAAAUAUAAUAUGAUGAGCGAAGUGAGUGAUCCGAGUGAUCCGAGUGAUACCGAGAUGUCCGACAAACAAGAUGACAAGGAUGCAGACUUUAAUGUAGAUGAUUAUUCUCAUGAAAUCGACAGCGAUGACUCCUAUACUGAAUUGCCGGAGAAUAACAUUAACUCGAGCUGGUUAUUAAGAUGCCCACCCUGGAAGUCGGGAAGUCCUAAGGAUCAAACCCUGGCUGAGAUAAAAGUAAAUAAUUCACAAGAUGGCAAAUAUGCAGGCCCAGUAAUUUCUGGACACAGAGUCAACAAGAAACUGAUAUGUAUUAAAUAUCCAGGAAACGUAGUUAAUGUCGAUAAAGCUAUUGAAACGUUGGGUGGCAUUAGUUCCAUAUCUAUGACUGUAGAUGUUCCUAACAGAAGAUUAGAACUGCGGUUCAGACCUGAUGAUGGUUACAGCAAGCCUACUUGUGGAGACAGACAUAGUACAAAUGGUUUCUUACUUAGAGUUAGAAUAAAGAAGAAUAAAGUGACACAAGUCAAAAGUGCUGUCACGGAGCUUAUAGAACCAAAAUCUAUGGAUAUUACAGACUUGAAAGCUACUUCUUCAAGCAUAACUCAGGAAGCUCUUGGUACAUCCCAUUCAAAAAAUGAACAGAUUAAUACAACAUUUGAUAUUGUAAGAGAAAAGGAUAAUCACAAAGACAAUGUUAGUGUUGAUAAUAUGAUUAAUCAAGAAGAAGAUUAUGAUGUUAAUGAAAAAGCAGCUGUGAAAAAAUAUACUGCAAAUAAUGAAAACUUACAUGAUACAUGCAUAGAGAAGAGUUCGUCAAAAAGAAAGACAGAUAUAUUUACUUUUGACAAUAAUAAAUAUGAAAAUAUAUCUCAAGAGACAGAUUACGAAGUACCGCACUUAAAAAUAUUAGGCAGAAUAGAGACUGAAUUCAAAUUUACCAAUUUAUGUGAUUUUCAAUAUGUACCAAUGACGCAGAGCAGAUCAGAUCCAAGAAAAUUGGAGUGUAUAUACGAUUUGAUUUAUCCAACGGGUAUUCCACUUUACUCUUGGUUGAAGAACGAUGUACCUUACUUUCUACCACCAGCUGUCUUCAGCAGAAUGGACACAAUACAACAGUAUAUACCAAAAACUGAAAUAGAUUCGAACUCAGAGAACGUAAUUGGUAAAAACAAAAAAUGUCAAGCGGGUUUUCACAAUUAUAUAUACUUUUCUACAUCCGAAGUACCUGCCGCGGCACCAAAAGGCAUCGAAACCGCUAUGAAAGUAAAGUUUCUUCAGAACACGCACUUAGAAAAAGUACGUCAACUGUUCGAAGAGCGUCCAAUCUGGUCAAAAAAUGCCAUUAUGUAUAAGACACAAUUUACGUCUGAACAACUGAAGAUAUUAUUACCAUCAGUAGCAUAUUAUUUUAUGACCGGACCGUGGCGAAUUAUGUGGGUAAAACUGGGCUAUGAUCCAAGAAAGGAUAUUAAUGCAAGAAAAUAUCAGACAUUAGAUUAUAGAUUAAAAGCUAUGCAUGGAUUAGGAUCAACUGUCAAGUGUAAAAGAAAUUAUUCAAAUUAUACAUUGCCGUACAAAUCAGCACCUGUUUCUAAACAGAAACCUGCAGUACUAACUGCUACGUUGAAUCAAGAACAAAAUUUGAAGAAAGAACGACAUUUAUACGAGAAUGUGUAUAUAUACCGAGAAGGUAUGGUACCUCCUUCCCGACAAAUGUUUUAUCAGUAUUGCGACGUCCUAGUAGGAGAAAUACAGGAAAUGUUGGCAAAACUUCCUGAUCCUUUACCUGGUAUAAGAUGUCACGAGAAAAGAGGAUGGCUGCCAAGUGGCUUUGACGUACAGUGCAGAGAAAUUUUAAAUAAACAAGUACGAGCUGUUUUGAGAAAAAGGAUGAAUAUUCCUGAGGAUCAUCCAACAUCGCUUCCACGGAAACGGAACCAUGGCAUUAAAUUAAAAUAUAAUAAAAUAAUUAAUAAAAGAACAAAAAAAGAUACAACAAAUUCUACAGAAAUUCAGGCAAAUAUUCCUUCUACUUCGAAAUCAACAAUAGAACAUGAUAGAACAAUAGAUCAUUAAUAAUGAAAAAGUUGAGUCUCGAAUCCAAAUGAUGAAAAUUAUAACUAUGUAAAAAAAAUUUCUGAAAUUAUAUAUUUCUGCUAGCUUCAUUGAAAAUAUUAAUAUAUUAUAUUCUAAUACUUAACAUUUGUUUACAAAGCAUUGGAUAUAAGAAGUGUUAAGUUUAUACAUACAUAUGUAAUAUAUAUUAAAAUAAAUAAAAUUAUCCUCAACUAAUAAUCAAAGAAUUUCUUCAAGUAUUAUAUGUAGACUUAUAUACAUUGUCUACCCGACUGUACACAGCUGCGCGAAUCAUAAUAAAUGAAUAUCUACAUAUCGCA